AUGACCAACAACCAGAUCCCAAAGAGCAAGAGGAAGCUCAGACAACCCACAGACAGCAACACCACCGAUGUCAUCCUGACAAGAAAGUACUAUGCAGAAAGCCACCCACAGCUACUACCCACCACACAACACGAUCCCCCAGUACCCGUAGAAAACCUCUAUGACAAGAACGACUUUGAAGAAUUUGUGGCAAAUGGCAACCUGAUACCACCUCCCACGCCACAGAUACUCCCAGCCACACCUACUCCAUCCCCUAUCCCACCACCACGCACCAUGUCUAACGUUACAGCCUCCAAACCCACAAUGAUCAGGAAAAUUGAUGACUUAGAUGGAACCCCAGAUAAAGCCCAAAGGUGGAUAUCGUCCACCAAUCUACACUUUGAUAUCAAUGACACCAUCUACAACUCCAACAAGAACAAGGUAUAUGUGGCCCUCAGCUACAUGAAAGAUGGAAAUGCCGCAUCAUGGAGCAAAGCCAAGAUGACCAAAUACAAAGAAAAGAACGCCUACCCCACAUGGGCAGACUUCAUGAAAACCUUCACAGCCAGUUUCAGAACGGCAAACAUCAAAGGAAUGGCCUCGGCUGCCUUGAUGAAAAUGAAGAUGGAACAAGGGGAAAGUGCAGUAGCAUUCAACUCAAGGUUCAUGCUAGAUGCUGGGAAGAGCAGCAUCAACAACAAAGCCAUGAUCAUGGUUUAUCAAAAAGCUAUCCGAUCACCCCUCCUUCGUGGGGCACUCACCAGAAAGGAACUACUCACCAUCAAAGAUUGGAUGAGCACAGUGGCAAACCUAGACGCCAACUGGAUCAGUGCCAACGCUAUCUCGGAAGGAACAUGGGGCGCCAGAAACAAAGAAAGGCAGAAUGACAGAAACCGCAAAAGUGGACUGUCCACCAGCGCCAGAAGAUUGACUAAAGACGAAGAAGAAUCAAGAAGGAAAGAGGGAAGGUGCUUCAUGUAA